CGACCCGGGCCGAAAGGGCCGAACCGGAGGCUCGGGACCCAAAGCGGCCAGCGGGAGAAGGGAGGAGCGCCGGGAGGAAGAGGCCGAGCCGCGGAGCACCGCCCUGGAGGAAGGGGAGGAGGCCGGGUGUUUCCUGGUGCAUUCCCGACCCGCCCCAGUGACUCAUUGGGGGUAGGAGAGCUCCCCGGGCCCGCCCUGGACGAGCGAAGGCGGCGCAGACCAGUAUGGCUGCCCAAGUGACACUAGAAGAUGCGCUGUCCAACGUGGACCUCCUGGAGGAGCUGCCUCUGCCUGACCAGCAGCCCUGCAUUGAGCCUCCACCUUCCUCCCUGCUCUAUCAGCCCAACUUCAACACCAACUUUGAAGACAGAAAUGCAUUUGUCACGGGCAUUGCAAGAUACAUUGAACAAGCGACUGUCCACUCGAGCAUGAACGAGAUGCUGGAGGAAGGCCAAGAAUAUGCUGUCAUGCUCUACACCUGGAGGAGCUGCUCUCGAGCCAUCCCUCAGGUGAAGUGCAACGAACAGCCUAAUAGAGUUGAGAUUUAUGAGAAGACGGUGGAAGUCCUUGAACCAGAGGUCACAAAACUGAUGAAUUUUAUGUACUUCCAGAGAAAUGCCAUCGAACGUUUCUGUGGGGAAGUGAGACGCCUGUGUCACGCGGAGAGGAGGAAGGACUUUGUGUCCGAAGCCUACUUGAUCACUUUGGGCAAAUUCAUCAACAUGUUUGCCGUGCUUGACGAGCUGAAGAACAUGAAGUGUAGCGUGAAGAAUGACCACUCAGCGUAUAAGAGGGCUGCUCAGUUUUUACGUAAAAUGGCAGAUCCACAGUCCAUCCAGGAGUCCCAGAACUUGUCCAUGUUCCUGGCCAACCACAACAAGAUCACACAAUCUCUACAACAGCAGCUCGAGGUCAUUUCUGGCUACGAAGAGCUCCUGGCGGACAUCGUGAAUCUCUGUGUGGAUUACUACGAGAACAGAAUGUACUUGACGCCCAGUGAAAAGCACAUGCUUCUCAAAGUCAUGGGAUUUGGCCUGUACCUGAUGGAUGGGAGUGUCAGUAACAUCUACAAACUAGAUGCCAAGAAAAGAAUCAACUUAUCCAAAAUAGACAAAUACUUCAAGCAGCUGCAGGUGGUUCCCCUGUUUGGAGAUAUGCAGAUAGAACUGGCGAGAUACAUCAAGACCAGUGCUCACUAUGAAGAGAAUAAGUCCCGGUGGACCUGCACGUCCUCAAGCAGCAGCCCGCAGUACAACAUCUGUGAGCAGAUGAUCCAGAUCCGGGAGGACCACAUGCGCUUCAUCUCUGAGCUGGCACGCUACAGCAACAGUGAGGUGGUCACCGGGUCUGGCCGGCAGGAGGCCCAGAAGACAGAUGCUGAGUACCGGAAGCUCUUCGACCUGGCUCUGCAGGGCCUGCAGCUUCUGUCGCAGUGGAGCGCACACGUGAUGGAAGUGUACUCCUGGAAGCUGGUCCACCCCACCGACAAGUACUCCAACAAGGACUGCCCGGACAAUGCUGAGGAGUAUGAGCGCGCCACGCGUUAUAACUACACCACCGAGGAGAAGUUUGCCCUGGUGGAGGUGAUCGCCAUGAUCAAAGGCCUGCAGGUGCUGAUGGGCAGGAUGGAGAGCGUGUUCAAUCACGCCAUCAGGCACACUGUCUACGCUGCCCUGCAAGACUUUUCCCAGGUGACCCUCAGAGAGCCGCUGAGACAGGCCAUCAAGAAGAAGAAGAACGUCAUCCAGAGUGUUCUGCAGGCCAUCAGGAAGACUGUGUGUGACUGGGAGACGGGGCACGAACCCUUCAAUGACCCAGCUCUGCGGGGUGAAAAGGACCCUAAGAGUGGCUUUGACAUCAAGGUGCCACGGCGUGCUGUAGGACCCUCCAGCACACAGCUCUUCCUGGUGCGCACUAUGGCUGAGUCCUUGAGCUCUGCCGAGCUGCAGAGGCAGCUCAAGUCUCUGGGCAUGGAAAGGCUCUUGCAUGUGGUAAACGCGUUUCUGAGGCAGUCGUACACCUAUCCACCUCUCUUAACCUUUGGUGGUAAGACAUCCUUCGUUUUUCUUGUUGAUGCUUUUGGCACGGAGCUUUACAUGGUGAGAACCAUGCUAGAGUCCCUCAUUGCAGACAAAAGUGGUGCCAAGAAAACCUUGAGAAGUAGCCUUGAGGGGCCCACCAUAUUGGACAUAGAAAAGUUCCAUCGAGAGUCUUUCUUCUACACACACUUGAUAAAUUUCAGUGAAACACUGCAGCAGUGCUGUGACCUUUCCCAGCUGUGGUUCCGAGAGUUCUUCCUGGAGCUGACCAUGGGCAGGCGGAUCCAGUUCCCCAUUGAGAUGUCUAUGCCCUGGAUUCUGACUGACCACAUCCUCGAGACCAAGGAGGCGUCCAUGAUGGAGUACGUCCUCUACUCCCUGGAUCUGUACAACGACAGCGCCCACUACGCGCUCACCAGGUUCAACAAGCAGUUUCUCUAUGACGAAAUCGAGGCCGAGGUGAAUCUAUGUUUUGACCAAUUUGUUUACAAACUGGCAGACCAGAUAUUUGCGUAUUACAAGGUUAUGGCAGGAAGUUUGCUUCUCGACAAACGGUUACGAUCGGAAUGCAAAAACCAGGGCGCCACGAUCCACCUGCCACCGUCCAACCGCUACGAGACGCUGUUGAAGCAGAGACACGUGCAGCUGCUCGGAAGAUCCAUCGAUCUCAAUCGUCUGAUUACGCAGCGUGUCUCAGCAGCCAUGUAUAAAUCUCUAGAAUUGGCAAUCGGGCGGUUUGAAAGUGAAGAUUUGACAUCAGUGGUCGAGCUGGAUGGCCUCUUAGAAAUCAAUCGCAUGACACACAAGCUGAUGAGCAAGUACCUCACACUGGACAGCUUUGACGCCAUGUUCCGGGAAGCCAACCACAACGUGUCUGCGCCUUAUGGAAGGAUUACCCUCCAUGUCUUCUGGGAGCUGAAUUACGACUUCUUGCCCAACUACUGCUAUAAUGGCUCCACCAACCGAUUUGUUCGGACAGUAUUGCCAUUUUCUCAGGAAUUUCAGCGAGACAAACAGCCCAAUGCACAGCCCCAGUAUCUGCAUGGAUCCAAGGCUCUGAACCUAGCCUACUCCAGCAUUUAUGGCAGCUACCGGAACUUUGUGGGGCCUCCUCACUUCCAGGUCAUCUGCCGGCUGCUUGGCUACCAGGGCAUCGCGGUGGUCAUGGAAGAGCUGCUGAAGGUUGUCAAGAGCCUGCUGCAAGGCACGAUCCUGCAGUACGUGAAGACCCUGAUGGAGGUGAUGCCCAAGAUCUGCCGCCUUCCCCGCCAUGAGUACGGCUCUCCUGUAAAUCUUCAAGUUUCUGUUAAAAAUUUAAACUUUUGCAAUUCCUUCAUCUUACAUAAGGACAGAGCAAAUAAAUUAUUUUCCAACACAGAGGGGGAGAGAGUUGAUGCGAAAAUGAAAAGACUAGAAUCCAAGUAUGCGCCCCUGCAUCUUGUCCCACUGAUUGAAAGGCUGGGAACCCCACAGCAAAUUGCAAUCGCAAGAGAAGGAGACUUACUGACCAAGGAGCGACUUUGCUGUGGUCUGUCCAUGUUUGAGGUCAUCCUGACACGGAUCCGGACCUUUCUGGAUGAUCCCAUCUGGCGUGGGCCUCUGCCCAGCAAUGGGGUCAUGCAUGUGGAUGAGUGUGUGGAGUUUCACAGGCUGUGGAGCGCCAUGCAGUUUGUGUACUGCAUCCCCGUGGGGACACACGAGUUCACAGUGGAGCAGUGUUUUGGAGAUGGGCUCCACUGGGCUGGCUGCAUGAUCAUUGUACUGCUCGGACAGCAGCGCCGCUUUGCAGUGCUGGAUUUCUGCUACCAUCUUCUCAAAGUCCAGAAACAUGACGGCAAAGAUGAGAUUAUCAAAAAUGUGCCACUGAAGAAGAUGGUGGAGAGGAUCCGGAAGUUCCAGAUUCUCAACGAUGAGAUCAUCACUAUCCUGGACAAGUACUUGAAGUCUGGUGAUGGGGAGAGCACGCCUGUGGAACAUGUCCGCUGCUUCCAGCCGCCCAUCCACCAGUCCCUAGCCAGCAGCUAAGGGCUAAGCUGACGGCAUCCUGUAACUGACGGCAUGUUUGUCUUUAUGUUAAUUAUAUUGACGUUUUUAGGGACUAUUUUGAACCUACUUCCGGGGGUGCUUUUUGAUCUGAAAGCUUAACUUUAUAAAACUUAUUUUUCUAAACUAAAACUUGUAUAUGCCUUUGGAAUUGGGAAGUAUGAGAAUACUGGUUGCCAGUUGUUGCCAUUACUAUGAUGGUCUUAACAGGUAUUUUUAUGUUGAAUGUUCCAGUAGCUAGUUAUAAAAUAUUGAAUUAGCCUGUAAGAAGCAUAACGCCAACUAACUGUAUUUUAAAACUUCCCUACCAAUUUUUAUUAUACUUAAUGAGUAGCUGCUUUGUUUAGGGAUUUUUCUGACGGUCUUUUAGGAAAUCUUUUCUAAGUCAUUGCUCCCUUUUAUGCCAAAAGAGUGAAAUUGUUUCCUCUGCUUCCACCAAAUCCAGUAAUGUCAGUCUGAUUUGUAAGAUACGACUUACAGAUUAGAGAAAUAAAAGUUAAUGUAAUCU